CGCAUCAACUUCCGGUAUAUUUGGUCAUAUGACUUUGUAACUUAACUAUCGCUUGGGUGUCUUUGGUACUGUGUCGUUUACAGUUUCAUUCAUUUAAUUUAAUUUAACGAUGGCGACGCUGGUAGAAAAUCGAAACGUGGAACUCAACGGACCUGAAGCUGCAGCUCGGCAGCACGCACAGGCUGUGAGCAGAAACUACAUCUCACAACCAAGGCUGACAUACUCCACUGUGUCCGGGGUGAAUGGGCCUUUGGUGAUUCUGGAUAAUGUAAAGUUUCCCAGGUAUGCAGAGAUCGUGCACCUGACCUUACCCGAUGGCACCAAGAGAAGUGGCCAGGUGCUGGAGGUGAUCGGCAGCAAGGCGGUCGUGCAGGUGUUUGAGGGGACCUCAGGGAUCGAUGCCAAGAAAACGGCCUGCGAGUUCACAGGUGACAUCCUGCGCACACCUGUGUCAGAGGAUAUGCUGGGGCGUGUCUUCAACGGUUCGGGCAAGCCCAUUGACCGAGGUCCCAUGGUGCUCGCUGAGGACUACUUGGACAUCAUGGGUCAGCCCAUCAACCCCCAGUGCCGUAUCUACCCCGAGGAGAUGAUCCAGACCGGGAUCUCUGCCAUCGACGGGAUGAACAGCAUCGCUCGGGGGCAGAAGAUCCCCAUCUUCUCCGCUGCCGGCCUCCCCCACAACGAGAUCGCAGCGCAGAUCUGUCGUCAAGCUGGGCUGGUGCAGAAAUCCAAGGACGUGAUGGACUACAGCUCCGAGAACUUCGCCAUCGUCUUCGCCGCUAUGGGAGUGAACAUGGAAACUGCCCGUUUCUUCAAGUCUGACUUUGAGGAGAACGGCUCCAUGGACAACGUGUGCCUGUUCUUGAACCUGGCCAACGAUCCCACUAUUGAACGCAUCAUCACCCCACGCCUGGCUCUCACCACCGCCGAGUAUCUGGCCUACCAGUGCGAGAAGCACGUGCUGGUCAUCCUCACCGAUAUGAGCUCCUACGCCGAAGCCCUGCGGGAGGUGUCGGCGGCUCGAGAGGAGGUCCCGGGCAGACGGGGGUUCCCCGGCUACAUGUACACCGACCUGGCCACCAUCUACGAGCGCGCCGGCCGGGUGGAGGGCCGUAACGGCUCCAUCACGCAGAUCCCCAUCCUCACCAUGCCCAACGACGACAUUACCCAUCCCAUCCCUGACUUGACCGGAUACAUCACAGAGGGCCAGGUGUAUGUGGACCGGCAGCUGCACAACAGACAGAUCUACCCUCCUAUCAACGUGCUGCCCUCUCUGUCUCGACUCAUGAAGUCUGCCAUCGGGGAGGGAAUGACUCGCAAAGACCACGCCGAUGUCUCCAACCAGCUGUACGCCUGCUACGCCAUCGGAAAAGACGUUCAGGCCAUGAAGGCUGUGGUGGGAGAGGAGGCGCUCACCUCAGACGACCUGCUCUACCUGGAGUUCCUGCAGAAGUUUGAGAAGAACUUCAUUGCUCAAGGUCCCUAUGACAACAGGACAGUCUAUGAAACCCUGGACAUCGGCUGGCAGCUGCUCCGAAUCUUCCCCAAAGAGAUGCUGAAACGAAUCCCCCAGAGCACCCUGGCCGAGUUCUACCCGAGGGAGUCUGCUGCCCGCCACUGAAGCAUUCUGGGAAUUCGGCGAACGACCAAAAAGGGGCUCUCCCCCCCCCACUAAAGAACAGAGCAAUAUCCUCUGUCCAUUCCCUCUGUAGACGUACUGUUUCGUGUCCCGUUUCCAAAAAAAAAAUUGUGUGUGGGUUUGACCAACAUUUUGUGUGUGUGUGUGUGACAUAUUUUUCAGGCUGUAAACUUUACCUUUAAACCACUGGACAAUCCUGGUAACUUGUUGAGGUAUUAUUUUAAUGCUGGAGGGAACUGUCAUUGUCCCACACCAAAUAAGUGUGCAAUUUUAAAGGGAAUUAAUAUAUAUAUUUUCACUUCUUCUGCAUUGAUGGAUAAUGUCCUGUUGAUUUAAAGAAUUCUUCCAACUGUUUUGUGCAACAAUUCUGUUUUUUUGGUUCUGUUGUUUCGCCCAGACAAUACCACCUGCAAUUCUUAUACACAAAUAAUGCAUAUUUUGAAAAAUCAAAAGCAUUCUUGUCCACUGUAAAGGUAACAAAUGCAUUUAUUGUUUUACUAAAGUAAGGUUUUUAUUAUAAUGUUUUAUUAUAAUGUUCAGAAAAAAAAUCUGUUUUGAGAAAUUGCUGCCAUCCAGUGCUUUCACAUAUUGUUGCUAGCUUGAAAAAAAAACCCAGCAAUCUCUUCCACACUGAAAAGCAACUAAAAUAUUUAUAUUAAAUGUAAAAUCGCAUAUAAUAAUAAUUCGUUAAACAAGGUUUUGUUUUUUGGAUAAAGAAUAAGCGGGGGGAACGACAGAAGUAUUUAACAGAUGACUUGGAAGGACUUUCGUUUUGUGAGCAGUCUGUUGUGGCACGAUUGCUGCUGUUGUGUUUUGCUGUUAUUCUGUCUCUAAUCUUAUCCCUUUGGCCGUUGUUGCUGGAAUCCAGUGUGUGUGUUUAGACAUAAUUAAGAAACGUUUACAAUAUGUGUUAUAGUUUAUGUAGUGUGUACUCUAAACGGAUUACUAAGCAUUCCUUUCUGUGUCCUAGCGUUGAUUCGGUUAACUGUCCUUUAAUAAAAUUGUCUUACUGUAGACAAGUUCA